AGCGGCGGGGCAGCCCCCGGCUCCAGCCUGCAGGGGAGGGCGGAAAACAAGAAAAAGAAAAAGGCGGAGCUGCGAACAAUGCGGGCCGGGCCCCGCGCCGCCCGGCGGGCUCGGGCUCGGGCUCAGCCCGCGCCGCCCGGGGCCAUGUAGCGGCGGCGGCGGCGGGCGCGGGGCCAUGCACCUCCGGGACAGCAUGCAGCGCGGCGCGGCGCAGCGCAGGACCGUGUACCGCAUCUCCGUGACGCUGGUGAAGAAGGAGCUGCUGGGCGCGGGCGGCGGCAGCCCGGGCCGGGAGCGGGAGCGGCGGCGGCGCGGGGGCAGCCAGCCUCCCGCCUGCGGCAGCCUGCCCCGCGCCGCGCUGCUGCUGGAGGAGGACGAGGAGGAGGACGAGCAGGAGCGGGACGCGCCGGGCCCCGGCCGCCCCUUCCGCGCGCUCAGCGCCGGGCAGCUGGAGCUCGGUCGCCUGCAGCCGCCCGCCCGCACCCCGGGCCCCGGCCCCGGCAGGUGGGCGCGGGCGGAGGGCGCGGCCGGCUCGAGCCCGGCCCGGCAGCCGGGCCUGCUGCGUCGCAGCUUCAGCUUCAGGCACCGGAGCGGCGCGGAGCUGCGGGUCCGCGCCCGGCGCCACAGCAGCUCGGGCUGCCUGGCCGCCCCGCCGGGCCCCGGCCCCGGCCCCGACAAGCGCAACACGCUGGACGUGGCCGAGGUGCUGAGCCAGGCGGAGCCGCUGGAGCGCUGGGAGCGCAGCAAGGGCAAGAACCGCACCCUGGACAACAGCGACCUGCAGCGCUUCUCGCAGCGCCGGGACCGGGACAGCGACAGGGACGGCGCCCCCCGCGACCGCCGCCUGCUCCGCUUCUUCAGCGGCAUCUUCGCCUCCACGCCCUUCUGCAGCCCCCACGGCCGCUCGCCCCGCAGCAGCUUCUCCAGGCCCAGGGGCUACUUCAGCAGCCUGAAGAGAGCCACGGCUGAGGCGCAGUCCAGCUCCGAGAGCAUCAACGGGUCCCCUCACAAAGAUGCCUUUGUAAAUAGUCAGGAAUGGACACUAAGUCGAUCAGUGCCAGAGCUCAAAGUGGGAAUUGUGGGCAAUUUAGCUAGCGGCAAGUCUGCCCUUGUUCACCGGUAUCUGACUGGCACAUAUGUGCAGGAGGAAUCACCUGAAGGUGGGAGAUUCAAGAAAGAGAUUGUAGUUGAUGGACAAAGCUAUCUGCUGCUGAUUAGAGAUGAAGGGGGCCCUCCAGAGGCACAGUUUGCCAUGUGGGUGGAUGCAGUUAUAUUUGUCUUCAGCUUGGAAGAUGAAAUUAGUUUCCAGACUGUUUACCACUACUAUAGCCGUAUGGCCAACUAUCGUAACACUAGUGAAAUCCCAAUGGUACUAGUGGGAACCCAGGAUGCUAUAAGUUCCAGUAAUCCUCGUGUCAUUGAUGAUGUCAGAGCAAGGAAGCUGUCAAAUGAUUUGAAGAGAUGCACUUACUAUGAAACCUGUGCUACUUAUGGACUGAAUGUGGAAAGGGUCUUUCAAGAUGUUGCCCAGAAGAUUGUAGCAACAAGGAAGAAACAACAGCUUUCAAUAGGACCCUGCAAAUCUUUACCAAACUCUCCGAGUCACUCAUCUGUGUGUUCUGCCCAGGUUUCUGCUGUACAUAUCAGCCAGACCAGUAAUGGAGGAGGGAGUUUAAGCGAUUAUUCCUCCUCUGUCCCAUCAACUCCAAGUACCAGCCAGAAGGAGCUACGGAUUGAUGUUCCUCCCACUACCAACACUCCAACGCCCGUUCGUAAACAGUCCAAACGCCGAUCCAACCUCUUCACGUCUCGGAAAGGGAGCGACCCAGACAAAGAGAAGAAAGUCCUGGAGAGCAGAACAGAUAGCAUUGGAAGCGGCCGUGCAAUCCCAAUUAAACAGGGUAUGCUGCUAAAGCGAAGUGGCAAAUCAUUGAAUAAAGAGUGGAAGAAGAAAUAUGUUACAUUGUGUGACAACGGUGUACUGACCUAUCAUCCCAGUUUACAUGACUACAUGCAGAAUGUUCAUGGGAAGGAAAUUGAUCUAUUGAGAACCACUGUGAAAGUCCCUGGAAAGAGGCCACCUCGAGCUACAUCAGCUUGUGCACCCAUCUCCAGUCCCAAAACUAAUGGCCUGUCCAAAGACAUGAGCAGUUUACACAUCUCGCCUAAUUCAGGAAAUGUGACUACUAGCACUUCUGUGUCUCAGAUGGCAAGUGGGAUCAGUCUAGUCUCCUUCAACAGUCGUCCUGAUGGUAUGCAUCAGCGCUCCUACUCAGUCUCCAGUGCAGACCAAUGGAGUGAGGCAACGGUCAUUGCAAACUCUGGCAUCAGCAGUGAUACUGGUUUGGGAGAUUCUGUGUGCUCAAGUCCAAGUAUAUCCAGUACUACCAGUCCCAAACUGGAUCCUCCACCUUCCCCUCAUGCCAACAGAAAGAAACAUCGCAGGAAGAAAAGCACUAGCAAUUUCAAAACUGAUGGUAUCUCAGGCACUGCUGAAGCCAAACGCAAAGCUUGGAAACUAAACCGUGUUGGUAGCCUGCGAAAUAUAUACAGCAGCAGCAGUACCAACACUGAAGAACAAGAGGAAAACUUUGAGUUUAUCAUUGUGUCCCUCACUGGCCAGACUUGGCACUUUGAAGCAACCACAUAUGAAGAAAGAGAUGCAUGGGUGCAAGCCAUAGAGAGUCAGAUACUGGCCAGUCUACAGUCAUGUGAGAGCAGCAAGAAUAAGUCCCGACUGACAAGUCAGAAUGAGGCCAUGGCCCUUCAGUCAAUAAGAAACAUCAGAGGCAAUUCUCACUGUGUGGACUGUGAGGCUCAAAACCCUGACUGGGCCAGCUUGAAUCUGGGAGCCCUAAUGUGUAUUGAAUGCUCAGGUAUACACCGAAACCUUGGCACACACCUAUCACGUGUCCGGUCACUUGACCUGGAUGACUGGCCAAUAGAACUCAUCAAGGUGAUGUCCUCCAUUGGGAAUGAAUUAGCAAAUAGUGUUUGGGAAGAAAGUAGCCAAGGACGUAUGAAACCAUCAUCAGACUCCACAAGGGAAGAAAAAGAACGCUGGAUACGUGCUAAAUAUGAGCAGAAGCUCUUCCUUGCCCCGCUGCAGUGCUUGGAGCUUUCCCUAGGCCAGCACCUGCUGCGAGCUACAGCUGAGGAAGACUUGCGGACCGUCAUCCUGCUCCUGGCCCAUGGCACGCGGGAAGAAGUAAACGAGACGUGUGGAGAUGGAGAUGGGCGUACUGCCCUGCACUUGGCCUGCAGGAAAGGAAACAUUGUGCUCGUACAGCUCUUAAUUUGGUAUGGUGUGGAUGUUAUGGCCCGCGAUGCCCACGGAAACACAGCAUUAGCCUACGCCAGACAAGCCACAAGCCAGGAAUGCAUUGAUGUUCUCCUGCAGUAUGGUUGUCCUGAUGAGCGUUUUGUCCUUAUGGCUACACCCAAUUUGUCCAGGAAGAACAAUAACAGGAACAACAGCAGUGGAAGAAUGCCCACCAUCAUCUGAGGAACUUGGAUAGUUUUCAGUGACCUAAAUAGUGUCUGCAGCCUCAUAGCUCCAUUUCUUUCACAGCUCUGACUUGUGUCAGAGUCUUGUAACUUUCCUUUCCCUUUUUCCCCUCUAUCCCUGUCCCAUCAAAAACAAACAAGCAAACAAAAAGCAUGUGUGGACAGUGCGAAAGGACAAGAAGGAGAAAAGGGGGCUGCAGAAACCGUUAGUUAAAAAAAAAUGUCUAGAAUGAUGAAAAGGGGGGUGAGAGAGAGUUUGGUUAUGGGUUCUCUAAUCAUAGCACAUGAUAUUGGACCAUUUUACUGGCUGUCUCCAGGCAUAGGCUGUACGAGUGCUGAAGGAGGGGAUAGAGGCAGAAGAAAGGAGGAAGAAGAAAAGAAAGAAAAAAUGGUAACUUUUCUUAAAUGACAGUUAAGCACAUCAGUACAUUUCACCUCUACCAAACGGAACACUUGGAUUUCAUUCUCUUCUCUGAAGAGCUUGACGGCAUAAAUCAGAAGCAAGCACAGAGUUUGUCAGGUUUGAAGCUCCUAUGAUGGUAUGUGUCAAAUCAGUUGUAGCUAAUCUGUCCAGGGAGAAUACUGGCUUCAUUACACUUGUAUAGUUGAGUUCUUCCAGCAUUACCGCUGUUUAAUAGAACAUGAUUAGUCAUCACGGAGAAAAAAGCAUAUUAGCUGAGGAGGUAGUUACAUGGCACGCUUCGGUGAUUGCUUGGAUGUGAUUGCAAUAUUCUUAGAAGCAUCAUAUUAUCUCAGACAUGUUCUUUCAAGCCCUUGGAGCCCUCCUUUCUAAAUUCACUGUCAUAAUUUAGUAUCUGUUUAAUUUUUCAGUCCAAAGAGAGGAAAUCAGUUGCUGAGUGUUAUUUGACUGCAGUCUCCUUAGUGUAAAAACAAAAUGGAAAAAAUAAAUAAGGGUAACUAUGAAACACAAAAAGGAAUAAUGAAUACUGCUAAGGAAAAACAUUUCAAGUACAUUUAGUAAAAUAAAUAAAUGCAUAAAAGGCUAAUAUUUUUUCAGCCACGAGACACAUGUCAUUUUGCCACGGUAAAUGUCUUGCAUUUUUGGUCACUCCUGUGAUGCAUUGCCUAAGUUAUACAGAUUUUUGUAUUGUGUCGUUAGAUUAUAUGUAUGUAAAAUCUAUUUGAAUAAAAAAAUUCAUAAAUAUGCAUUGAUUUUUGUACAGACAAAUGACACCUCUGUUAAUUUAUAAACUGUAAUGGAUGUGUACUAAAUAAUGUGCAACUAGCUAGGAUCUGUGGGUUACAGAUCAUUGUACAUUGAAAAUAUUUCCAGCAGUGAACUAUAUUUCCAUUUGUUUGAUGCAAGUCUUUUGAAGAACAUAUCGGAAUGAGAUGAUGGCAUAUUUGGCAUACAAAAAAGGCAUACUGAGAUCUUUUAGAAGGGAAAGGAGGAUGUCUGUCAGCAGCAUAAACAUAUUUUACUUUAGACACCAUGAAGCUUUCAUAGAUCGAGACAAAAAGCCAUAGCCUGCGUCCAUGAAGAUCUCAUAUCAGAAUUGAUGUCCUUCUCCAGGCUGGGCAUGGCAUGGCUCUUUUGACUCUGAACUUGGCUGCUUUGUUUCACAUAAAUGACUUACAGAAGGAGUUUGGCCAGUUGAUUCAGACUCAUUUUUAAUACUUGAUUUAUUUCUGUGGUAUCACCAGACUGAUGCUGGCUUUUGCCACCUUCUGAAAACUGAGAUUUUGGUAUAGAUAAGCAAAUAGCAAGGUUUCUGGGGAAAGCAAGUGAUUUUUAUAUGGCAAUAUGAGGAUGGGGGAAGCUAUAUUGCGGAGAACGUUGAAAUCUGAGCUGAAUUAGAUGGCAAAGGAACAAUUAUGUGAAGUCAGUCAGGUGCACAUAGCAUAGUAAUUUGCAAAUCUCCCCAUUCUUCAUGUAUUUCACAGGCCUUCAGUGUUGUGCUUCCUUGGGGGCUCUGUGUUUAUGUUGAAAUAAGAAAGGAAGGAGAAAAUAAAGAACCGAAUGAAAUAUAUCUGGACAGAAUUUGAAAGAAAAAUGUUAAUGUCCCAAAGGUAUCCAAAACCUAAAAAAGGGCAGUAUGGCUUAAGACCCAGAGUCCACAAAAGAUUGAUUAAGAGAUGCCCUAAGAGAAAAAGCAAGGGAACACUGAAUGCCUUUUCUGCUCCUUUACCAUUCUGUGUUUGUUGUUGUUUGCUAUAUGGAAAUUGAACAGAGAAUAGAAAAGGCUUUCCUGUUUUACCAGCCUAGACCAGCAAUAUCAUGUGUGCAUUUCAAAACCAAAUGCUUUUUGAGUAGUUUCCACAAUUGUUCCUCCUCCACUUAUAUGCACCCUCCUGUCCUUAGAUAUUGACAGAUAUGUUAUUUCUGGUGGAUGACUUAACUUUAACAUGUACAGCUAAACAUGGGACUGCUCACUCAGUCCCCUGCUACUGGGUUCUUGUGACCUUAUCACCUGUUGCAAGGGACACAGUAACCUGAACUCACAUCUCUUGGCAUGUAAGUAAGGUAGGAAUCAGGAAUAUGUUUUCCUGCGGUGCUAAAUACCUCCAGCUCGCUUUGACUUGAGCUGUGGCUGCAGGUGCACAAUACUUCUGAAAAUUCAGAUCCACUUUUUAAAAUACUUUGCUUUAAAUCUAUUGCUGUUGUUAAGCCUACAUUCCAUUUCAAAGCUGGUAUGUUUUCCAAACUGAAAAUACUUUUCUAUUUCCCUUUUAAUGAUCUCUUUUUACUACUCUUCCUGGCAUGAAACACCCAAGGCCAUUGACAUACUAGGGCAACUGAGCUGUCUUAAAAGUUUUCUGACUUGGUGGCAAACCAUGAAGUCCAUCAUGAACUUCCAUGGCAAAAGUUUUCUCUUUGAAUAAAGCUGUCCAGAAAGUACUAGAAAAGGAAAUUUCAUUCUAGAAUAGGAAGAAUGAGUUAUCCACACAAGCUGAAUGUUAACUCCUUACUUUAGGUAAAGCAGUUGUGUUUAGUUGUGUUUAGUCUAAGCUUGGGAUUUCCUUAAACAUCAGAGUUGUCAAUUCCAAUAUGGACCAGGGCUUUUGUAUGCAGCUUACCUGUCUCUGAUUGCAUAGCCCAAAUGCGAAGGGUUGCUGCAGGGAAAAUAUACAAGCUAUCCACUUCCCAGCAUUCUCCUUGAAAAAUUCGGAGGGCCAGCAGUACUAUAUCUGAAGUCCAUGUAAUACACACUAGAUUGUGUUAGGGGUUGGCAUUGUUUUGAUUGAUAUGUUACUAGGUUUUGGCAAGCCUUCAUUCUUUGUGUUAGCCUUGCCUAUAGCCAAUUCCCCCUUUCCCUCCCCCUCACUGAAGUUGAUCAGCACAAAAGGUAUUUAAAAGAUAAUUAGGCUUAAACUGGCUGUAAGUGAGCAGUUUCAAGUAUAUUUUUCUCAUAGGAAAAUUGUAUCCGCAUUUGUGUGUUCAAGUAUAUUUGGUCAGAAUUGCUUUGAAAGUUAUAUAGCACUGCUUGAGCUUACAGGACUUUAGAACGGGUCAUAUAGUCAUAAAUAUGGUGAUGAACUCAGGCUAGUAUAAAUUUUGUCCCCUGCUUGUUGCGAGCCCUGUAUCUUGCACAGUGUAAUCAAUGUGAACUGUAUUUAAAAACCAAACAAGCAAACAAAUCUUCCCACCUGAUAUCCCAGUCUGUCCCUUGAAUUUAAAACCAGGAAAAGUUUGAUGUUUUCAUUUGUAUGAAAAAUCCCAUUCCACCCCCUGCAUACUAGAGUUGGACUAGGGUAUAAGGUGUCUAAUGUUGAUGCUUAAUCAAUAUUAGCAAUCCUUUGGUUAUGGUUAAUAGAUAAGGGACAGGAGAAAAAUCUCUUAGAUAUCCAGUUGGACUAGCCUAACCUUGCUUGGCACUGGAAGCUGGGAUUUCUUGACACCAGGUGCUUACAAGGGAUAUAUUAGCACUUUGUAGAGGGUGUUCUUGACCUGUCCAGAUAUCGAGGAUUCAGGGACACUUCCAGAAACUAUAGUAAUUGUUUACAGUGAUUCCAUUCUUUUAACCUGUCCACGUCUGUUCCUUGCUCUUGCAUUUAGCCCCUCUUGUGGCUUCUGUAGAACCCAGAAUGGUUACGCCCUUUGAGCAUGUUAUGAGCAAAUUAAAAACAAAUUGAAAGCCAGUCAAUAAGAAAUCCCAGUAGAAAAAUGCUAGAGAGCUAAAUCUGUUUCUGUUUUCUCAGAAAAUGGAGUUUAGUAGUUGAUUUUCAUAACAUCCCCCAUUUAACCACUUUCAUGAUUUCAUUGUACUCUUUCCAGUCUCAUCUGCACUUUACACACCGAUACUAAGACCUUAUGGCAAAGCCACCUUUGGCAAAUGUCAUUGACUUUUUUCUUCUAUAUGUUGUAACCUACUUGCUAUAGAACACUAGGGAUGAGGCUGAUGUGUAAAUUUACAUCUGGGAUCUGAAACUUGGUAUUCCCAGAGUUUUGGGAGCCUUUAGUUCACCUCAUUUUAGAUACGUAGACUGAUGUCCAGUGUUCACCUCAUUUUAGAUAAGUAGAACCUCCAGUGUUUUGGGAAGUUCAGAAUCAAUCCUGAUCCAGUGGUUUAGUCAAGGACCCACUCUGCUGAUUUUAGACUUCACUUUGUGUAUCUACAUAGGAGCAGUAGAUGAGGCAUAUCUUGAAAAUCCAGCUGUGAUCCAUGUCUUGGUGCUGUUCAGAAAGCUGUUUGAACUGUUACUAGAAAAGCGUAGAGUGCAUUGUUUAGGGUGUAAUGUGCGAUUGCUGCAUUAAGAUGCAUACUGUUUAUUUUGCCAUGAUUCCCCCCACUUUAAAUUAGGCUAUGUAGUGAGUGCUUGUUUGGAGAUUUGCCCAUGGGAGGGAGACUUUGAGUAAAGUGGGAAGAUUACAGAGAUUGUAUGUAAUAUUAAGUAUUCUCAUACAAAUAUAUAUCUCCAGCACUAUAAUGUGGCAUAAUAAAUGGUACAGUUUGUGAAUAGCUUCAUCUCUUAUAUAAGGUGAAGAGGAAAAAUGAAGUAAUGUUGGGGAGGGGGAAGUGUAAUAUAAAGCAGUAAUAGUAAAACAAGCACAGAUUUCACAGAAGAGCUCUAAGUGAAUGGAGUCCUUCACAGUUGUCUUGAGGAGCCAUUUUUUCACCUUAGGAGGGAACAAAUGCUCAUUUUAGCUUAAGAAUGCAAACACAGGGGACCAAAUGCUUGGGAGCUUGUCACUUUUCUGGGAGAACGUUAAUUUCCCUGUUCAAGUUUAUAAUAAAGCACCUUUAUUUUCCCACAUUGGGCUAUUACUGUCAUUAGUGUGUGGGAUCUCUGACCUUUUACUUCAUUAGUCUUGGACCCUGAUUUAUUUUAAUAUCUCUUUUUUUCUGUCUUUGUAGAUAUAAAUAAGUUUAUAAUUUAGAAAGGUGUUCUUUAGCAUUUCAUCUGCAUUCUCCAUUGUAAAGGCACUCCAGGUUCAAAUUAUUUGUGAUAAAAGAAGUAAAAUAACACUAAUAAACCUUGGACUGGAGUGUUGUAGCCAUGAUGGUCCAGAAAAUACCUGAGAGCCAAGGCUUUUUUGUAAUAUCUUUUAUUGGACCAACUGUGCUGGUGGGGGAGCUAUUGAAUGAGCUUUUUGGUCAUCAAGUGCCCUUCCUUGAUGGGUGAAAGCCUGUCCAACAGUUCUCACAACUGGACCAUUGGUUCAGUAAAAGAUAUCACAAAAAAGCCUUGCCUCUCAGACUAAUAAAUCUAAAGUUGAAGCUGAUUUUUUUUUUUUAAGAUGGGGAUUUACUUCUUGCCUAUUGAACUACAGGAAGAUGAUCGGUAAAAUAAUUUCUUUGUGAAGGGAUCUCUAAACUGCAAAAGGCACCAUGAGCAAAACAAAUGUUUAAAACUGUAAUUAGGUAACUUUAUUGUAGGCCCAUGUUUUGACUGAGUUGUGUUAUCCUGAGCAAGGUUUUAAAAUGAAAAAAACUGUGGUUCUCCCAUCUCUCAGAAAUUUCUCCUUAUUUGAUUGAGUCCAUAUUUGAGCAAAUAUAGAAGGGCAUUGGCCAAGAUUUUCAGAAGAAGAGAGUCAUUUUGGGUGCCUUAAUUUCAGAAAACUGGUUGCUCAGCACUUUCUGAAAAUUGAGUCCCCUGACAGUGUCUCAAGCCCAAAAUCACUAGUCACUUCUUUGAAAAUCUUGGUUUCUGUGUUUUAUUUCAGGUGAUGGCAAUAUGUGGGUGAAUUAGUUCCCCAUUGUUUACUAACGUCUCCUGAGUAGUUUAGGAAUUUGUAGUUUUUCAGCAGGUAAAAAUGAAUAUUUUUUGCAUUUUAACACAUUUAGCUCUCAGAUUAACAUCUGCACUUCUCCAGAAUUUUUGUGGCACAUUCACUUGGCAAUGAUCUGCUUCAUAGACUCUCACAGCUGAGGUCUCCUCUUUUUGGUCUCCUGUCCGCAAACCUCUAAGUGUUUGCUUUGAAUAUCUCAACGCUCCAAGUUCUAGCAGGUGAGAUUCUUCCAGUGCUCUACACCUAGUCAUUUUUAAUUUAGUGAGUAUGUGUCUGUAUGUGUGUAAGAGAUAGAAAGAGACAGGGGAGGAGGCCAGUAUGUUUAUAAAGGUCUUAUGGGCAAAACUUUAGGAUGACCAUAAUGCAGACCAUCAGGUACCUUGUGUGUGCCACAUAUUUUACAGAAUAACGGGUCAAUAUUUUAGAGUUUCUAAAAAUAUUUAUGGUACUAUUUUUCUUGUGUCCUUCCACCUCUAAGAGCAGAUUACCCUGGUAGCAUGAGUCCAGCUAUAUGGGUGGAAGAAGAGAGUAAGUAAUGUGUUUUAGAAACCUCUACAUUUAUCAAGGUAUUUCAUAAGUCACAUUUUGCAACUUUGAAGUCUGAUAGCACAUAACAUCUCAGGGCUAUAACUGGUUGCUCUGAUCAUAAAAUGGGGCAGUUCCAACUCCACUCCAGUAGCAUAAAACACACCUUUCUAGUCCUAAUGGAUCACAAGGCAUGGGGCCUAGAAACCUGUCACUUGUUGGUGACUUGAUAUUGUCUAAUCAGCACCUAUGGCCAGUGUAAGUCCAAUGCUAAUUUUAUAUUUUGAGGGAAAGGAAAUACGUAGCAGGCUUUUUUUUUGUAAACAGUUUUGAUGUGUGGUUAUUUGACAAGUAGUCCCAAAAUCUCAAAUCUUUAGAACAAGACCCAAUAGAAUUUAGUAGGCAGAGUGCAGGGCAGGUCAUGAGAGGAGCAAGAUGAAGACAGUGUAUCACAGGAUACUGCUAAAAAAAAAAGUGGUAUAAAAUAUUUUGCACUUCAUUUCUCUAUACACUUAAACUUCAUAGAAUGUGUAGUGUGUGUAUUAUUAUAUAAUAUACUGUGUGUGCAUAUACACGCACAUGUAUAUGCAAAUGUUUAGCAAGAGCCAGGUUUUCAGUUAGUUAUGCAUAGCUGUACACAUGUUUCCCCAGACCUAAUUUAUAUGUAUAGAUAUGUGCAUGCAUGAGACAUGUUUGGAACUACCUAAACAAGGCAUUCCCAGAUAGAGGCACAAAAUUAUGGAUACCUACUCUGCAUUACACACCAGAUAUAUAGAUAUAAUUUUGCAUAGAUUACAGUAUCUUUGGGUAUACAUUGCAUGUGUGGGAUUCUUACUUGACUGAGGAGGGCAACUGGUUCCAAGGAUGUAUCAAUUCAUCCAGAAAACCCCUUCAAACUGAAAGCACACUCAACUUUGAAUUAAAACAAAAACCCCUAAACUUACUACUACGGUUGGGACAUCCCAGCUCCACCAUAAUUAUAAAAGGCUUAGCCAACCCUCAGGGUUAGCCACUGUGGUUCAGGCAGCCAUAGUGUUACAUGUAUAGUUUAUAAAAGAUUUGUGAGUGAGAAAGAGAAGUAAAAGUUGAGAGGGACAGAGGGCACACCACUUGGAAGCCCUUUCUUAUAUAAAAUUAGAUACGAGUGCUAGGAAGUUCAGCGGGCUGGCUGAAUGUUACUUGAGAAUGACAGGCUGCCUCACUGCAGUUGACUAGAUGUUUUAAAUAAAUGACAUUUCAGGUCUUACAGCCACUUGUGCGUAUGUGUACAUGUGCGUGUGGUUGAGAUUGUUCAGGAAUAUGCUUUCAGCAAAUUGUUUAAAAGUGCAGCAUCCAGGUUGAUUGUUCCCUCAGAUCUCUUUGACACCUCUCUUCAACAUGUCCUUGUUAGUUAAACUUCGGCAAGUUAUUUUGUGUUUGAGGAGAUCAUAGGCAUUGUGUAAAAGAUGUGUUCAGGCACUACGUAGUACUAGAUAAUCCAAGAAAAUUAGAUCAAAUGAUGUCCUCACAGUUUACAGCAUUGUUUCCAGUGGUGACUGCAGCUUAUAAUUGUAUUAAGUAAAAGCAGCAAAAAGAAACUAAGCUUAACAAGGAAAGGAUGCCACUUCUCUGUAGCUAGACAAGAUACGUUGGAAAAUAUUUGGAGGAGGAAAAAACAUUUUACUUACCUCUUGCACCUGAAAUGACUGUAACAGAAUAAUUCUUCUUUGAAAUGACAUUUAAAACCUUUUCUGGGCAUUUUUCCCCAUGUAUGCUGGGUUUCAGUUGAAUUCAAGCUGUACAUUACAUCUCUCCACUAAGGUCAUUUUACCAACCCACAGAGAAGGUUCAUAUCAAGUAUCCUUUAAAGCACAGCCCUCUUCUCUGUGGAAAUAAUUAGAUUUCUGAGCAACAGAAUAAGGAACACAAAAUGGUGCAAUCAUCUUUAUUUUUUUAAAUUUCAAGAAAGUCUUUAAUUUUUACACAAUAGGUUGAUGCGCAAUGUGAGAGGGAAUAUGUGGGUUGAGAGUUUUUAAACCUAUUAGAGAUUUGUACUGUGUAGAUACGAUUAGAUAUAGAUUUUUUUUUAAAAAACAAAAAAAAGUUUUGAUGGGCCCAAUAAUGCAGUGCUUAGUAUGAUGAACCUAUCAGUGGCUAUAGUAGAAUUUGAGCAUGUCCUUGAGUACUUUUACUGAAUCAGAGUCUUAUGAAGAGCUGUGCAGAAUCAUCUCUAAAUCAUGAAGAGCCAAAUUCUGGUCUCACUGAAGUCAGGGAGUUUUGUUUUUGACUUCACUGAGAUUAGAAGUUGGUGCUCAAUCCACUCAGUGCGUUUAUAAGGAAUUCAUUCUUUUGGAACAGCAGUUAAUCACCAACCUCUGGUAGUUACAUUUUCUUUUUUUCACACCCCAUUUGAAUGCAAAACACUACGUUUUAAAUUCUGUCCCUUCAGCCCUCAGAUCCUUCAAUUUCCCUGCAUUGUAAUCUUGGUGUUUCUUUAAAGUGGGGGUUGGGAUGGAGAGAAAGGGAGCAAGUGAAUAAUGACUCCUGAGAAACUUGUCUUCAGUAGAGGAAGAAAAUACCUAGCACAUGGCAGACUUUAUAGCGAGUUUUUUUUUCUGUUUCUGUAAAUAGUAAUGUAUAAAUGAUGACAAAGCAGUGUGGAAAUUAUUAAAAAAAAGGCUCUUUUUGUUUUUUAUAUUACCUCAUUCAGCAAGUUUGUUUUACAAUGACUCAAUGAUGCUUUAUUUAUAUUGUUUGUACUGUAAUUAAAACAAUUGACAGACA